GUGUUGCCUUUCUUUCUUUUAGUUCAUCUGCUCAUGUAUGCAUAUUGCUUUCUUGGACUCAAACCCACUUCUGCGAAUCGAUAUUUCCCAAAACCGAACGUCGUUUACUGUUACUGAAACGAACUAGGCUUAGAUUUAGAAUGUGGAACUUCAGAAGUAAAUUUGCGCGAUCACUUUUAUUGCUUUCACAUCGCAAUAAUUUCAGUUCAAGAACUUAUCAUGCUGGCAUUUGCUCAACCCAAAUUCUCUAUCAACAUCUUAAUCCGCCCAAACCCUUGAAUAGUUAUUCGAUCAAACCCUCCGGCUUUCCAAUGUUUUUCUCUUCCUCAACUUCAACAACUUUAGGAAAUUCAGACUGCGAUGAGCACGAUGGAGACCAAUUAGAAAAUUAUGGUGAGCACGAUGGAUAUCAGUUAGAAAAUCAUGGGGAGAGAUUAGUUCUGUUCAAAGAUUCUGUCAAAAAAUCUGAACUUGAAAGGGAGGUUGGAUUAAUAAUGGAUAUAAUCAGGCAACCUGGCCAAAGUUGUGUUGCUGUCAGGAACAAUCUUGAGAAAUCCAGUGUGUCCGCCUCGCCAGAGUUGGUGACAGAAGUUCUUUCUCAGGUGCAAAACCAUUGGGAGUUGGCGUUCACAUUCUUCCUGUGGGCUGACAAGAAACCAGAUUAUGCACAUUCUUUGCGCCAAUACCAUUCGAUGAUCGCCAUCUUGGGUAAAAUGAGAAGGUUUGAUACUGCUUGGACCUUGAUUGAUGAGAUGAAGAGAGGUGGAAAGAAUGGUGAUCAAUCAAUGGUGACACCUCAGACAUUGUUGAUCAUGAUCAGGAGGUAUUCUGCUGUUCAUGAUGUGGGCAAGGCUAUCAACACCUUUUAUGCCUAUAAACGGUUUAAUUUUGAGGUUGGUAUCGAUGCAUUUCAUGAUCUUCUGUCUGCGCUUUGCCGGUAUAAAAACGUGAAAGAAGCAGAGAAUUUGAUGUUGUGUAACAAAGAUGUUUACCCAUUGACUACCAAGAGCUUCAACAUCAUUCUCAAUGGAUGGUGCAAUAUCAUUGUUAGUCCUCGGGAGGGAAAGAGAAUAUGGUGGGAGAUGUGUAACAGAGGGAUUCAUCGUGAUGUUAUAUCGUAUUCAACCAUCAUAACUUGUUAUUCAAAGUCCAGUGAAACCAAAGAGGUGAUAAAGAUUUACAAUGAGUUGAAAGCCACUGGUAUUAGUCCAGAUAGGAAGGUUUACAAUGGUAUGAUUCAUGCUCUUGCUAAAGCCGGGUUUGUAGAAAAAGCCCGUGAUAUGAUGAAAUCAAUGGAACAAAAAGGAAUUUCUCCUAACGCGAUUACUUACAACUCGCUGAUCAUGCCUCUCUGUAAAUGCCGACAAAUCUUGGAAGCACGUGACGUGUUUGAUGAAAUGCUGCAACGAGGGUUGUUGCCUACGGUUAGAACAUACCAUGCUUUCUUUCGUGCAUCAAGAACAGGGGAAGAAGCUUUUUCGCUGUUGAAAAAGAUGACUUCAAUGGGGUGUUGCCCGAAUCACGAUACCUACAUCAUGCUGAUUAGAAAGUUCUGUCAUUGGGGGGAACUGGAAAAUGUGUCGAAGCUCUGGAAUGAGAUGAUCAGCAAUGGGCUAGACCCUGAUCGGAGUUCAUAUGUGGCACUGAUUCAUGGGCUUUUUCUUAGUGGGAUGUUGGAAGAAGCAUACAAAUAUCAUUUGGAAAUGAAGGCAAAAGGCUUACUACCUGAGCCUGAGAUAGAAAAGAGGCUGCAAGCUUGGAUGGCCGGCAAGCCAAGAGUGAAACCAUCGAAUAAGGACUGAAAAAACAAAUGCAGCAGGUCGUAAUUCUUGAUGACGAUUAUCGACUCGCCUUCAAA